AUGAAUUCAAUUAAAAAAAAUCAAAUUUUAAAUAGAACUCUUAAUAGUCAUACUAAAACAUCAAUUAUUAGUAUGGAUGAAGAUCAGUCAAUCAUCCUUUCACCAAAAUUAUCAACUUCCUCUUCUUCGUCGUCAUCAUCUUCAUCUUCAUCAUCAAAUAUAACAAAUAUUACAUCAAAUAUAAUUCAAAAUCAACAUAUUGGUAAUAAUGUUAAACAAAAUAUUCAAUUAGUUGAACAUUUAAAGCAAUUUAACACAGUUUUUGAAGAAAAAGGGUUCAUUGUUCGAGAACAAAUUGAUAAUAAAUUUAAUGAAAUUAUUAUUUCAAUGAAUCAGGUUAAAAAUCAAAUUUUAGAGUCGAUGGAUAACACAGAUUUAUUAUACGAUUUAUCAUCACCAAUCAAUAACCUUCAAAUUAAUAAUAAUAAUAAAUCAAAAAUAAUUUUUAAUAAUAAUGAAGAAAAAAUUAAUCAGUUGUUUUGUAAUAAUACAUUUAAUAAAUAUAUCAUGCCAGUUGUCAGCAACCCAAUUAAAUUAAAAUAUAGACAAAUGUUAAUUGAACAACAAGAGUUUAAUGAAAAGCAUAACCAACAAAAACAUUUAAGUGAUUUACAAAAAGCACAUGAACAACAACAAUAUGAAUUACUUAGACAACAAGAGAACCAAAGACAACAAGAGCAUUCACAAACUCAACAAGAAUUACAAAGAGAAAAACAAUUGUUAAAAGAUCAACAAGAGCAAUUAAGACAACAACAAUCUCAAACUAAACAACAACAAGAUCAAAUUAAGAAUCAAUUAAAGAAAAUGGAGCUCUCUAUUAAGCAACAGCAAGAACAAGAGAUAAAAAUGCACAAUGACCAAUUAGAAAGAAAGCAUAGAGAACAAUUAGAUAAAGAGCAUGGCAAAUUAUUAAUGGAACAAUCGGCAUUGAAAGAAAAGCUCUUUAACGAUUACCAAAAACAAUUGAAUGAUUUGCAAAAAGAACAACAAUCAAAACAACAAGAACUAAUCUCUCAAAAGGAACAAUUACAAAAACAAUUAGAUGAUUUAAAGGAUCAACAAAAUCAAUUCCAAUUCGAACAAUCCAUAAAGAAAUCCCAACACUCUAAUGAACAAAACGAUCAGCUCAUUCUCAAGCAAGAUCAAUUAAAUAAACAAGAACAACAAAUUCAACAACAACAACAAGAAUUAAAACAACAGCAAGAACAAAUUAAACAAUUCCAUGACCAAUUAAUUAAAGAGCACCAAGAGUUAAAGGAACAACAGGAUCAAUUGAAAAAACAACAAGAUCAAUUAAGAAAUGAACAACAAGCAAAAGAGCAACAAUUAAAAGAACAAGAACAAUUAUUAAAAGAUCAAGAGCAACAAUUAUUAAAAAAACAACAACAACCAAUUCAACAAGAUCCUCAAACCAAUAAAGUUGCCAAACCCGCUAUCAGUGCUAAUCAAACAAAUUUGGUCAAGGUUACAAGUACCACAACUGCUAAACAACCCGCUUCAAUUAAAUCAGUAGCUAGUAUUACCUCAACUGCCACUGUAUCGGCAACAACAAGCAAAUUGAUUUCAAAUGGUAUUGCUAAACCAACUCCAUUAGCAACUGCCAAAGUAUCUAAUGCUGCUAGUCUACUUAACAAAGGAAAGAAAAUCAAAGAAGAAAAUAACAAAGAGUAUUUAGCAAUGAUUCAAGAAUUGGAUAGUAAAGCAACUACCACCACAACCACCACUAAAAAAGCAGUUGAAAAUGAAAUCAAAAGUUUUAACAGUAAAAAACUUGAAAGUUUAAAACAAUUAGCCUCAGGUGGUCUUGAUGAUCCAAUCAAUGGUGCUUUAGAUGAAAAUAAGUUUUUAGAAGAAACAAACAAAUCAUUAGAAAAUACUUUUGAUAUAAUGUCAAAUACAUUAAAGAGAAAGAAUACUGAUGAAAAUUUAGUAUCAAACAAUAAAGCAACCGCCACGACCUCCAUUGGUAUUAAAAAGAGACUAAGUGAUGAUAAAACAACUGUUAUUACAUCUAAACCAUCAAAUGAUCUUAAUUCUGUAGCCACAAGUGCUCCAACAAAAUCAAAAAUGCAAACCACUACAAUUUCAUCCACAACAAGUGCUCCACAAACCAUUUUAGCAAACAAGUUAAAGAAACAACAAGAGCUUGAAAAACAAAAACAAGAGGAAGAAGAAAAAUUCAGAAAGAAACAAGAAGAAUUACAAAAGAGAGAAAUUGAAAAAGAACAAGAGAGAUUAGAAAAGAAGAAAAAGAACGAAGAAAAGAGAAAGAGGGUCGAAGAAAACUUACAACUUCAAAGAGCUGAAGAAGAGAAAAAGAAGAAGGAAGCUGAAGAAAAAGAGUUAUUAAGAAAGCAAAAAGAAGAGCAGGAUAGAAAGAAGAGAGAAGAGGAAAUAGAGGCCAAGAAAAAGAUUCAAGAAAGAUUUAGAGAAAAGGAAGAGCAAGAAAGAAGAAGAGAGGAAUUGAAAAAGCAACAAGAAGAACUUCGUAAAAAACAAUUACAAUUACAAUUAAAACAACAACAACAACAACAACAACAACAAGAAGAAAAUAAAAAGAAAACUAAUGUACAAACAAUUUUACCAACUCCACAAACACCAAAUAGAAAUAAUACCUUGGCUCAAACACAACAAGAGGAUACUGCCAAUGCCACUAAAGCCAAAUCAGCCCUAUCAAAUAUUCUAAGUAUGGUAUUUGGUACCACAAAAUCACCACACUUCAAACCAUCAACUGCUCUCUCAGAUAGUGAAGAUGAAGAUUAUUCAGAUAGUGACGAUAGUUCACAAUACCAAAGUGGUGAAGAAGAAGCAGAGGAAGAAGAAGGUGAAAUUAAAACCAGUAAUAGCAACAAUACAAGUGGUGAAGAAGUUGAAGAAGAGUUUGAACUAGACAGCGAGGAGGAAGAAGAAGAAGAUCAACAAAGAAAAAAAAUAGAAAAAGAAAAAUCAAUUAUUUAUGAUAGUGACAAUAUGAAUAAAUCGCUAUUCCGUACUCCACUUCCAAAAUCAGCCGUUAAUAGCUAUUCAAGUAGCCCAGUUAUUAAAGGCUUAUCGCCACCUUCAUCAGUUAGUGACUAUAGUCCUUCAUCAGAAAGCAAUAAGAGCGAUUUAUCACCAAUGGGUCCUAGAACACCAGCCAAUAAACUAAAUCAAAAUAGUUUUAAUUCAUUCCAUGGUCUUUCACCUGCUCAAAUUAUAGAGGCUCCAUUGCAAUGUAUCAAUAAUUCAAAAGAAAGUAAAUUCUCGCCACUUUUAACAGUAAGAACCACACCAUCACCAUUAAAGAGUUCACCAAUUAAAUUUAAUGUAUCAUCAGCUUCAUCUUUAUCGUCACAAUCAUUCGAUUCAGAUGAAGAUAGCGAAGAUAUUAAUCUCAUUCUUAAUAAUGGAAAAAAUAAUAAUCAAAACCAUAUAACUCCAAUCAAAAAUCAGCAACAACUUCAAAAACAACAAGAUGAAUUUGAAAAACAAUAUCCAAUUCUAACAUCACCACAAGGAAAUGAUAGUCAAGAUAACUACUACUUUGAAGAGGAUGAUAUCGAUUAUGAAACUGACAAGAGAGUACCAGACUGGGCAAAGAACAACAACUUGGAUUAUAGCUUAAAACAACAAAGAUUCAACGACCCAGAUAUAAUAUUUGCUCAAAUUGGUCCAAUUUAUUUAUAUGAAAUUUUCCCAAAACAAGAAAUUAAUGGUAAACUUAAAGAUUUUACUAAAGUUAAAAGAAAUUUAUCAUCGGAGUGGUCUCAUGAUAGAAAUACAGAAAAAGAAAAUAUUAAAUAUAGAAAAAACAUGGGUUUUAUUUAUCCCUCAAACAAAUAA